AUGACGACUUGUCCUCAUGUUCAAAACACCGUAUUAAAACCACCAUCCGUGCACACAAAAGUAUACAAAGAGGAAUGCACACAGUGUUUUGAUACACAGGAUUUACCCCUUGGAAUUGAUGUCUGCUUAACUUGCUUUAAUGCUGGCUGUCUCGAUCCCACACGUCAACACGCUUUUCUUCAUUACCAAAAAACUGCACACCCCUUAGUUUUAAAUAUACGUCGUUUGGUCAAGGAUAAACCUAAAAGGUCAGAUGAAAUUGAGGAGCCACCUCAGAAAAUAAGUAAAUUGGCAAUCGUUCCCGAAUUUGAUGAAGAUAAACAUGAAUUUAUCACGCAUGUCAAGUGUUAUGCUUGUGGAGGCAUAGAAGUUGAAAGGACAAUUGGUCAACUUCCCAAUGUCAUAGAUUCAUUAAUGGCAUCUACUUCCGCGGUAAAACAAUCUGAAAUCCAGGCUUGGGAAGAAAAGAUCAUUGAGUGCGAUCACGUAAAAAUUUUAGAACAACAAGAAGCUAAACCUUUAGAGUCGCAAGCCUUAUCGCAAUGUAAUGAUUGUGAAUUGAAAGAAAAUCUUUGGAUGUGUCUGAUUUGCGGUAAUCUUGGAUGUGGACGUCAGCAAUAUGGAGGUCUACCUGGGAAUGGUCAUGCACAAGCCCAUUUUGCAAAAACACAACAUCCAGCUUCUUGUAAGCUCGGUACAAUAACGCCUGAGGGAACUGCAGAUGUAUAUUGCUACCUAUGUCAUGAAAUUAGAUUAGAUCCAUAUAUAGGCAAACAUUUAGCAAAUUUCGGAAUUCAAGUUGAAACGAGUCAAAAGACAGAGAAAAGUAUUACCGAAAUGCAACUUGAGCAUAAUUUGAAAUUCGACUUCAGUAUGACCACUGAUGAUGGUAAAGAAUUGGAGGCGUUGCAUGGGCCUGGUUAUACAGGUAUAAAAAAUCUUGGAAAUAGCUGUUAUAUGGCUUCUGUAUUACAAUCGGUAUUCUCUUUGGAAGCAUUUCAACACAGGUAUUAUCCUAAUGCGCUUGAACAUAACGCGAUCUGUGAUAAAGAAGCUGGCAGAUGCCUGAAUUGUCAAUUAUUCAAAAUUGCUGAUGGUUUAUUGAGCGGAAGAUAUUCAAAUUCUGCUGAAACAAUUGAGGCGAGUGGAGAAGAAAAGCAUCUAAGAGAUGGUAUUGCACCUUCAAUGUUAAAAGCACUGAUAGGUGAAGGACAUCAAGAAUUCUCCACGAUGAGACAACAGGACGCUUUAGAAUUUUUUCAACACCUUAUAACCAUGAUUGAAAGGAAUGAGCAUGCAAAUCCCCGUAACGAUCCUACCGGAAUUUUUAAAUUCACAGUACAAGAAAGACUUCAAUGUUUGGAAUGUAAACGGGUACGAUAUUCUCAACUUACAGAAUCACACAUUGGCAUUCCUGUUCCUGCUCGUAAGAUAACCAAUACUGAAAAGAGUGAAGAAGAUCUGUAUGAACCUGUAAAUUUAGAAGAGUGUCUGCAAUAUUUUGGUGCUGAUGACAUGAUUGAGCACUACAGCUGUCCUUGCUGCAAUAAGACAACUCAGGCUCUCAAGAAUCGAAGGUUUGUUACAUACCCUGAAGUACUUGUGAUUCAGUUGCGAAGAUUCGAAACGCAAAGAUCCGAAUUUGAAAAUUAUAUUCCUAAAAAAAUAUCUGCGCCUGUGAUAAUUUCUGAAGAUAUAGUCAAUUUUGAUAGUUAUUUAGCUCAUGGAAAACAACCAGACGAAGAAUUACUUCCAGAAGAAAAUAAAAAUACUGAACCUCAAUUUGAUCAAAACGCUCUCAACCAAUUGCUUAGCAUGGGAUUUCCGGAAGUUCGCUGUAAAAAAGCUUUAACUGCAACUGGAAAUUCAGAUGCAGAAACUGCUAUGAAUUGGUUAUUUGAGCACAUGGACGAUCCAGAUAUCGAUGUACCGUACACAAGUACAAGCUCUGCCGUUUCUAACGCAUCGGAAGAAGUUAUUGCAAGUUUAACAGUUAUGGGCUUUCCAAGAGCUCGCGUCAAAAAGGCUCUCGCAGAAACAAACAAUAAUGCUGAAAGAGCUAUAGAAUGGCUCUUCAGCCAUCCAAAUGAUGAUGUUGACAAGCAAAACAGCACUAAUACCGAAGCUACCAAUACUAAUUUUGGAGAUUCAUCUCUCCCAGCUAAUUAUGAAAUUUCUUGUGUCAUUUCACACAAAGGCACUUCUGUACAUUCGGGUCAUUAUGUUGCUCACGUACGAAAAGAUGGACAAUGGGUGCUUUACAACGAUAAUAGAGUUGUAAGUGCACCAUAUCCUCCUCAAGAAGAAGCCUAUAUUUAUAUUUUAAAGCGAACUCGAUAA